AUGGGUCCAUUGAAAGUCGUUCUUCUGACCGAAUCGGAUUCAUUGAAACCAGAUGUCAACCUUCCAUACAAAUACUAUGGACAGAAAUUAUGGGAAACAAUUCGGACAGUUGUUGAACAACUUCAAUAUCGAUGUGAAUCAGUUGAAUUGCACAAACUCGAUUUUCAAGAACAUGAAUCGGUAAACAAAUAUCUUAGCGCUGACAUUGUUAUUAUGGACGUUACAAACCAGGAUCGCCGUCCAACAUUUAUGUACCACAAAGGCAAUCGAGAAAGUAUGGAUUGUCUGGAUGAUAUCGUGUUAAUUCAAGCUAGUGGUGUUGAAAAUGACAGUGCGAUUCAAGAUCUGAAAACAACAUGUAAAAUAAAACGAUUGAUUGUCUAUCGAUAUGACGAAAGCAAAAAUGUCUUCUAUGAUACCACUCAACCGGCCAAUCCUUUCCCGCUGCUUAGUACUAAUCUCAAUCUUUUCCUCAAACGUGCUGCUGACAAUAUACAGAAAGGACUUGCUGAUAGAUACAUAUCUCGAAUGAAUACAAGCAAAGCUGAAUCCCAAGAUGACAAUACUUAUCGUCAAUUCUUAUGGAACGAAGUAUGUGAUGAGAUCUUGAAUGAGAACAACCACGAAUCUGCCACGCCGAAAUUGAUAACUAAAUUGAUGUACGCUUUUCGAGACAUUCAAGACUAUGAAUCAAUGAUAAAAUUAAACGAACGUUGUGAACAACUUAAAGAAAUUGGGAAAAGAAUUAAGACUAAUAUGAUGAUCUCAUAUUUAACUGCAUUUGCCCGUAGUCGACGUAAUCAACCCGGUGAUCGUGAUGAAGCUCUGAACAUUCUCGAACGUCUAUGCCAAACGAAGAAAACCGAGAGUGAACUGUCUAAUGACAUAAUUUGUUUAUGUGGAAGAAUUUAUAAAGAUAAAUAUACAGAAUCAUCAUGUACAGAUCAAGAAUCAUUAGAAAAGGCUAUUGAAUGGUAUAGAAGAGGCUAUGCAGCUGAUCCAAAUAUUCAUGCUGGAAUUAAUCUACUCUUUUUAUUGGCAAUUAAAAUAGAAGAUUUGAAGAAUAACAAUGAAGCAUACAGAAUCAUUAUCCAAUUGAAUGCUCUACUCGGUAAAAAAGGCCGCUCACUACGAGAUCUGACGAAUUAUUGGGAUGUUGCUACUUAUUUUGAAUUACACGCUGUUCAACGUGAUUGGUCCAAAGCUUGUCUAGCUGCUUUACACAUGUAUUUACUAAAUCCUCCUAUUUGGUAUUUAAAAUCGACGAUCAAUAACUUAAAAAUUCUUCACCAAGCAACACGUAUGCGUGACAAGGAGAAACUUCGCGAGCAAUUAUCGGAGACAACCGAUGAUGAAAAUGUUUACAGCUUUUGGAUAGACUUUUUUACUGAUGCAAUCAAUUCAAAUUCAACAUCAAGCGAGGAAAGAGAAUUACCAGCUCAAGUACCUAUUCUGGUUUGUGAUAAUUACGAAAAACACGAUGGAACAACGCUGAAAAAUGUCUAUGUGGAAUCUCAUUUACAACUAAAUUUUCAUACGGGGAGUGAACCGGAAACCCUUGUGAUAUAUACAUUAGCGAAGCCAUCACAAGCACAAGUCGAUGUAUCAGUUAGAACAAUUCAUAUGGAUUCUAUUCGAUCGAUAAUAAAUGUAAAACGGGAUAAUCGUUCAGUCUUUCUCUACGCAUACGAGAAUGCUGAAGCAUUUCUAUCCGUCGAACUACAAAUCUUUUUCUCCUCAGUCGAACGUCGUAUCGCAUUCAAUGAAAAAAUGUCAAAAUAUCGAGUGCAAACAAAUAUUCCUGAAGUGGAGCCGAAAUUCGAUCUUGUCUUUGAUCGUGACCCGCACGAGCAGCGCACUGCACUGGGUCAAGGAACUUAUGGCAAAGUUUAUGUUGCCCAUGAUCGCAAUACAUGGAAAAAAUUUGCAGUUAAGGAGAUUCCAAUGCGUAAUCCGGUGUACACUGAUGUUCUCGAAAACGAAAUCAAAAUCCUAUCAACACUUAGCCAUAAGAAUAUUGUUACAUACUACGGUUCGGUUAUUGAUCGUUCGAAAAAACAAUCGGUGUUCCAGAUUAUUAUGGAAUAUGUUGAUGGAGGAAGUCUUUCACAGCAUCUGUCGAAAUUCGGGCAAUUUCAAGAGCCCGUUAUAAGAAAUUAUACGCGACAACUUUUGGAAGGUUUACAGUACCUCCAUGAAAAUCAUAUUUUACAUCGAGAUAUCAAAUCAGCAAAUAUUCUUGUCAAUUCAAGAGGAGAAAUCAAAAUCGCUGACUUCGGUACAUCGAAACGACUUGCUGGGCUCCAACUUUGUACAGAAGACAGUGUUGGUACUUUACAAUAUAUGAGUCCGGAUGUUGUACUUGUGCCACCGAUGGGCUAUGGGCCUGAAGUGGAUAUUUGGAGUGUCGGAUGUACGGUAAUAGAAAUGGCGACUGGUAAAAUGCCGUUUCAUAAAGUGGUUAAUGCCGGUGCUUUGCUACUUAAACUUGGUAGUGAAAGACAGCCGCCAGAUAUUCCGCCAGAAUUAUCUGACACAGCAAAGGAUUUUCUCUCCAAAUGUUUUGAACCAACUGAUAAACGUCCUUCGGCAAAAGAUCUAUUGAAUCAUCCGUUCUUCAAAUUAAAGUUGGCACGAGACAAUAAUGGAAAGAACGGCGGAGAAAAGGGACAGGAGAGCAGUAUACAUGUAUCUGACUGUUCGUUACCAUAUCAUCGAAGUUUCAGCGAAGAAGCGGGCGUGCUUGAGCCAGCAAAGAGUCUUGAACCUCAGGUUUCAAUUGACGAUCGCCGUCGAUCGGAACUAAUGAACAUUAUACGUGAUAAUGACAGUCGAGAAGACCUUCUUGGACAAUGGAUGGAUUUAAUUGACGAAAAAAAUGAAACAGAAGUUUUGACCAUUGACAAGCUCCGAAUCCUAUUGUCUGGUAUCUGUGAAUAUUUAGAAGACUUAAAUGAACGCUCAUUACAAAUUGCGCUUGAACAAAUCUGUGAUAACUCUACAUUGGAUAGUGACUCAAGAACUGACCUCGAACGGUCAUUUUACCUCUUUAUUAAAGCGACUAAUACUGUCCUGUCAUCGAAAAACGGUCUACCUCCUCAUGUUUUGUUCGCUCUCGAUAAUGUUAUCCGUCGUGUUGCUGAACACCUUGUUGGUUUCAUUCGGCCAGAUUUUCUUCCGGCGGUUAGCAACAUAACACCGAUUACGCCCAGUGAUUCGACAACAAUGAGUUCUACAAAUACGCGAUCACCGCUAUUUCUAAGUAUCAAUGAAGGAAAUAACGAAGAAAUGGCACGUUUACAUCAACUAUAUCUUAAACUUGUUCAUGCAAAUCGAGAGCAACUCAAUAAAUUGAUCACUAUUGAAAGUAACAACAGCAUUAAACUAAAUGAAAUCAUGAGCAAUCAGAAAAAUGACAAUUCACCCAGUAAAACUGUUGGUUUAUUCCUGCCCGUAGAACCAUCGCCAGAAAACGAGAUAACGAGUGCCGAUCCAUCGACUAUACAGGAGGCAACAGAAGAAAAAAAGCGACCAACUCAUCUAACACCUAUGGCAGCAAUCGCAAAACAAGCCACACGAUCUCGAACACUUGUUACUAUGGAACAAGAACAUGACCAAUUGCUCAAAUCUCUUCUUGAUAAUCGAACUCGACUGAACCAGUUACUAAACUCUGCAAACAUUUGA